GUAGUCUGAAGGGGUGCUUGAAACAGCGACUGUUAGUCUUUGCAGAUGGGAGGCAGGGGAGUGUGAGUUGCUCUAGCUUUUAUUUUUUAUUUUAAACCCUGCUUCUUUCCCCUAUCGCAGCAUGCAAGGUUUUUGACUCUUGGAGUAGAUGCAGAGAAAAAGCACUUACUUUUACACAUUAUAUACUUGGGAGCCCUUUGUAAGUGACUGAGUGCAUGUGUGGGCACUCUGCAUCUAUAGACUGUGUUCAGUGAUCACAAAGGCUGUGUGGAUCUUUUUAAACACCAUCAGAAACUGGAAAUUAAACUUUUUCUUAUGUAUGUAGCCUUUUUAGGCAAUUCUGGACUGUGUUUUCAACUAUCCUGCGCAUCUCAGGAGUGAAUAACUGUGCAGUGUUUGCACUCAGCUCAAACUGUCAGAGUGGGAGAAAAGAGCUGAGUUUGCUUUUAAGUGAACCAGAGGAACCCAGAGGAGAGAGGGGGAGAAAGAGCAAGCAUCCCCGCUCUCCCUUUAAACCGGACAGCAUGGUGCAGAAAAUGAGCCACGGUGAAAGCACCGCUGAGGCGCUGUCCUUCUUUAGCGGGGACUCAGGCUCCGACUCCGGGGCGUGCAUGGAGCUCGACCCGGCCGCCUCUCCUCUCUCCCCGACGGGCUCCGCAGCCUCCUCCACUGCCGGCGAGAAGCUGGGGGACAACCCGGCGUGGUGCAAAACUCCCAGCGGUCACAUCAAGAGACCCAUGAACGCCUUCAUGGUGUGGUCGCAGAUAGAGAGGAGAAAGAUCAUGGAGCAGUCCCCGGACAUGCACAACGCAGAGAUCUCCAAGCGGCUGGGGAAGCGCUGGAAGCUGCUGAGAGACAGCGACAAGAUCCCCUUCAUCAGGGAGGCAGAGCGGCUCCGACUCAAGCACAUGGCGGACUAUCCCGACUACAAAUACCGGCCGAGAAAGAAGGUCAAGUCGAGCGCAUCUAAGCCUGGCAGCGAGAGAGGAGAAAAAGUUCCCGGUAGCUCUAACAUCACCAGCACUAAGACGUCUUCUUCUGCGAGGAAGAGCGGAUCCAAAUCACCGAGCAGCAGCAACAAACCCCAAAAAACACUUUCCGGGAGCAGCAGUAGCACCAAAGCUUCACUCUUUGCCUCUGAGCAGCCGGCGGAGCUCCUCCAUAACUCCCUCUACAAGUCCAAGUCGGUCUCCUCGGCAGCUAAGCAGAUCCCAGACGCCAAGAAGCCCAAGAGGGUUUACGUUUUCGGAAACGGCGCGGCGAGUUUGAGCGUCAGCCCCACGUCCUCCGUGGUGGUUCCCGCCAGCCCGACGCUCAGCAGCUCGGCGGACUCCAGCGACCCGCUCAGCCUCUACGAGGACGCGUCCAGCGGCAGAGAAGGAGCAGACUCCCCCGGCGGCAGCAGCAGCAGCUACGGCGGGGCUUCGGAGCGCCGCAGCGCGCGCACAUACAGCAGCAGCAGCCGACGGGCUUCCUCUCCGACACCCUCCGGCUCCCACUCCUCCGUCUCCUCCUCCUCGUCUUCUUCAGAGGACGAGGAGUUCGAGGACGAGCUGCUGGACGUCAACCCGAGCCCGAGCUUCGACAGCAUGUCGCUGGGGAGCUUCGGCUCCUCGGUGCUGGACAGGGACCUAGAUGGGAACGGAGAGUCCGCCUGCGGGGGGUCCCACUUCGAGUUCCCCGACUACUGCACGCCCGAAGUCAGCGAGAUGAUCUCUGGAGACUGGCUGGAGUCCACCAUCUCCAACCUGGUGUUCACAUACUGAGCAGAGGCAGAGGAGCUCCGGCUUAUUGCUCGCUUUCACUACCCUGGAAAACUUCCCUCUGAAGUGAAUACUUUGCCUUUUCUUUCUGGACUUCACUUCGGAUGCCUGGACUGGGGGAGUUUUUGCCGAAACAAGAGUUUUCCUGGCAGCUCAGUCCUGGACUGUUUUGAACUGAAUAACUUAACUGUGAUUGAUUUGCACGUUUUGCGGUCCGCCGUAACCUAAUCAAUGUCGAUGAAUUUUUGAGAAGGUGGAGAAAAAAAAGGGACAUUUUCACAACUUUUUAAAACCAAUCGCCAAGUGAAUUUCACCACUAAAAAAAUAAAAUAAACAAACAAAAGGUACAGACUAGGACUGCCGCGCGACAGUUUUUUAUUGUAUCACCAAGAGGCUUUUUUAAAAAUGAAACCGAGGUGGGUUGAUGUUUUUUUUAAAAUGUAUUUUCUCAAGAAACAAACAACAACAAAAAACGUGUUAAGCAUGAUAGCCUACUUUGUUCCUAUAUCUUGUGCUGAGAUUUUCUGUGCGACUGUUCAAGCAGUUUGUUAACUAGUAUUAGGGGUAUUUAACAGGAUCUAGGUGGCGCUCGCUUUGGUUCUACUUUUUUAUAUAUAUAUAAAAAAAAAACUGAUAUAAUCACCAGCUCACUUCAGGACACAAACACAACUUCAAGUCUGUUUUUUUUCUCUAUAUGUAUCAGGACCAAAAUUCUAUAAUGUUAAUUUCCAGAUUAUAGCUAUAGAGAAACCAUCUUUCUUUUUUUUUGUACAUGUAUUCAGAUGCCAUUUUUAUAUGGGGAGGGGGGGUUGUAUUUAUAUACUGGGCCAAGCAUCUUUCAUUUUGUUAUUUCUUGUACACAUGAUCCUGUCAGUGUCUAUGUCUGUCACAUUUCCUUCUCAGGCGAAGGGCUAGAGUUUUAAAGAACACACAACUUUUUAAGUUCCAUUUUUAUAUUUAAAUGUACACAUUUUUGGACACUUAAAAGAGAGGAAACAGGUUGAUUAUUUUCUCAGUGUAUUUUUGUACAAAUCUAUAUUGAACACGGGGGUGUCUGUAGCCUAACUAACACAGCUGUAUUGGAUUUCCUUGUUUUUUUAAUGCCCUCACAAGGCUGGGUUUUUUUAUGCUGCCUUCAAGUGCUUAUGGUAAGCUCGUUACUUAAGGCUCUUGCUUUAGUAGGUUAGAUCAAGCAUUAGAGCUAACUCUUUUAUAACACUGGUGCCUAUUUUUUGCUUAUUCUUC